GUAAUGAAUACGCCCCAGAGCACGCACAAGAGUUGUCUGAAAUGACGUGGAAUUUGUAACUUGCCUACAAGCGCUAUAUCAAAGUGCGCAUGAUUUCGAGAGUAUUUAAUAAAACGAGCUACUGUAGUCUUUAUUGAAGUUAAGUUUAAAUGUGCUUAUAGUCAUAGUUUGCUAUCAAACAUGAUUGUUUCUACUAGUGUCAGUUAGCUAACAGUACCUUCUGCUAACUACGACAACUAAAUUGAGAAGAGUUCACCGAAGCAGAGCUAGCUAGCCCAAGUGACAGAGCUCCUACUAGCUAGGAUCUUCGGGUUCUCUAUCGAUAGCUACGUUAUAUGGCUACAGCAAGAUGACUUCAACAACCACUUCGACGGGAAUGUCUUGAGAUUGAACUCGAGACGUGUCACGGAUUAGCCAAUGAUUGACACGGUGUUGAAGCGAAUGCUCAUCAGUAGUUUGUUAGCUAGCAUGCUAGGAAGCUACUUCCAACGACGCCGGAGCCCGCAUUUAUAAGCCUACCCAGUUAAGUGGUUUGCGCUCGAGACUGACGUUAGUUAGCUGUAGUUGAAGCUAACUAGCCGGUUGUAUUGUAAGGACAAGAGCAAGCUGUCAAGAUGGGUUCGUUGUUCCGAAGUGAAGAGAUGUGUUUGGCCCAGAUGUUUCUGCAGUCUGGAUCGGCAUACGACUGCAUUAGCGAACUGGGAGAAAUGGGUCUGGUGGAAUUCAGAGACCUCAACCCCAGCGUAAACCUAUUCCAGCGGAAGUUUGUCACUGAGAUAAAACGAUGUGAGGAAAUGGAGAGAAUUCUAGGGUACCUUCUUAGGGAAAUCAAGAGAGCAGACAUCCCACUUCCAGAGGGAGAAGUGAACCCGAUUGCACCCCAGCCCAAGCAUGUCCUGGUUAUAAUGGAGCAGUUGCAGAGGCUGGAGGUGGAGCUGAGCGAGGUGACCAGGAAUAAGGAGAAACUACAGAAGAACCUCCUGGAGCUGACCGAGUACACACACAUGCUGCGCAUCACACGCAACUUUGUGCACCGCAGCACAGAACCUCUGCACGCCCAGCAUGAGGAGUUGUCCUUCCUAGAGGACUCCAUGAUGGAGUACACUAGCAUGCAGCGGCUAGGAGCCAAACUAGGCUUUAUAUCAGGGCUGAUUCAGAGGGUGAAGAUAGAGGCCUUUGAGCGCAUGCUGUGGAGAGUGUGUAAGGGCUACACCAUUCUUAGCUACUCUGAAAUUGACGAGUAUUUGGAGGACCCUGACACGGGUGAGCCAACUAAGAGUGUGGUGUUCCUCAUCUCCUAUUGGGGUGAGCAGAUCGGACAGAAAGUCAAGAAGAUCUGUGACUGCUACCACUGUCACGUGUAUCCAUACCCUAACAGCAAUGAGGAGAGGAAUGACGUUGUGGAGGGACUCAGAACUCGCAUCCAGGACCUGCACACUGUUCUCCAUAGGACAGAAGACUACCUGAGACAGGUGUUGAACAAGGCCUCUGAGUCUGUCUACACCUGGGUCAUCCAGGUCAAGAAGAUGAAGGCCAUCUACUACAUCCUCAACCUGUGCAGCUUUGACGUCACUAACAAGUGUCUGAUAGCCGAGGUGUGGUGCCCUGUCAACGACCUGCCGACCCUGCGGCGGGCGCUAGAGGAAGGCUCGAGGAAAAGUGGAGCCACAGUGCCUUCUUUUGUCAACCGUAUCCCCAGCAACGACACUCCGCCCACCCUGAUAAGGACCAACAAGUUCACCUCAGGCUUCCAGAGCAUAGUGGAGGCCUAUGGAGUGGGAAACUAUAGAGAGGUUAACCCAGCUCCUUACACAGUCAUCACCUUCCCCUUCCUGUUUGCUGUGAUGUUUGGAGACCUGGGCCAUGGUAUGAUCAUGGCUCUGUUUGCUCUCUGGAUGGUGCUGUAUGAGGACAACCGCAAACUGAAGCGCACAAGAAACGAGAUCUGGAACACGUUCUUCGAGGGCCGUUACAUCAUCCUGAUGAUGGGCUUGUUCUCGGUCUAUACCGGCCUCAUCUACAACGACUGCUUUUCCAAGUCUCUCAACAUCUUUCACUCAGGCUGGAACGUCAACGCCAUGUUUAAAUCUGGAAAUUGGACUUGGGAUUCCACGCUCCGCACCAAUGCCUUUCUGACCCUUGAUCCCAUUGUCCCUGGGGUUUUCAAUGGACCCUACCCUUUGGGCAUUGACCCGAUUUGGAACCUGGCGUCAAAUCGUCUGACCUUUCUGAACUCCUACAAGAUGAAGAUGUCUGUGAUUGUGGGUAUCAUUCACAUGAGCUUCGGGGUCAUCCUAGGUGUCUUCAACCACCUACACUUCAGAAAGAAGUUCAACCUGUACUUAGUAUUCCUCCCGGAGCUGCUGUUCCUGCUGUGUCUGUUUGGCUACCUGGUCUUCAUGAUCAUCUACAAGUGGCUGGCCUUCUCUGCCCGUGACUCCCAGAUGGCCCCCAGCAUCCUCAUCCACUUCAUCAACAUGUUCCUCAUGCAGGGGGACGGGGUGCCGCCCCUCUUCCCAGGACAGGUUGGGCUGCAGGUGUUCCUGGUGGUAAUUGCUCUACUAUCAGUGCCUGUCUUACUGCUGGGGAAACCAGUUUACCUCUACUUGCUGCACAACGGAGGAGCCAACCUCAUGGGAAUGUACAGGGGUUAUGAGCGUGUGCGGCGGCACAGUGAGGAAGAGCUUUCCCUGAUGAGGGCUCAUGACAUGGAGGAGGGCAGUGUCCACAAUGACCUCUCCACCAGCAGAGAGCAGCAGAAAGAGUUUGACUUUGGGGAUGUGUUCCUGCACCAGUCUAUUCACACCAUAGAGUACUGCCUGGGCUGCAUCUCCAACACAGCCUCCUACCUGCGCCUCUGGGCUCUGAGUCUGGCACAUGCCCAGCUGUCGGAGGUGCUGUGGUCCAUGGUGAUGCGGGUGGGCCUGCGGAUGGACACCAGUCUGGGCAUCAUGUUUCUGGUGCCAGUGUUUGGGAUAUUCGCUGUGCUCACUGUGUCUAUCCUCCUGGUUAUGGAGGGACUGUCUGCCUUCCUCCAUGCUCUCAGGCUGCACUGGGUGGAGUUCCAAAAUAAGUUCUACAGUGGGACUGGAAUCAAGUUUGUUCCCUUUGCCUUCUCCCUCCUGCCCUCUAGCUUUGAGCAUGAUGACUUGCUGUGAAUGGGACACAAUGCUCCCGCCCUCCGAGGCAAACUGCCACAAUAUACCAGCAGGAUCCAGUGCUAUUGAGCUAGCCUGCGUACCAGUCUCUUUGUGCCAUCAUGCCACUCCUUUUCAUGCCAAACAUGAUCAUCUACAAGUGGCUGGCCUUCUCUGCCCGUGACAUAUGAUGGCACAAAAAGAUUUGUACUCUGACUACUAUUGAGCCUCAUCGAUGUUCAGUUUCAUAGUGUUUUUUUUAAUACUAUUUGUUGUACUGACUGACUGCCUUGCAUAUGUACAAACAAAUGUCAACAUAUCAUGCUCUAUUUUCAAUUGAAUGAUAUUCUGGGUUACCAAAACUUUGCAAAGAAAAGCCUCAUUCAGUCUUGGUUGAAAAUGAGAAGUAUUUUUGGAUGAAUGUAGGAGCGAGAUGUACAUUUUAUUUUAUAGAAAUAAAGUUGGAAUGAGAGAAUAGCAUUUGAAUGACUACGACAGGCUUAAAAAUUAUAGUGGUGCAUACAUUCAAGAGAAAAUGUAUGAUUACUGUUGUGCUGAAUGUUAACAAAAUGUCCUAACACAUGUUGCCUAUUCCUCCAUCGCUUUGUGGGAGACUACUCUUAAAACUGUACAUUCCAUCGAUGGAAAUUUAACGUAUAGCUCAAGACAUCCUUUCACAGAGAUAGUUCUGCUGGUCAAGAGCCAAUUUAAUGACACCAACAAUCCCUGAUUAGGAAUAAGGCAAGAAAAGCAGGUACUGGACCAGUCCAGCGAUCAAUUCUUGCUGAAGCCUUUUCCUAUAUUCCCAUCCUGUAGCACCAUAGCAGGAGAAUGUCGUUUUUGCUGUUGGGUAAUGGCAUUGUACCUUCAAGAUGAAAAGAAAAGGGGUAUAUUUUAUUGGAUUUUUAAAAUAUAUAUAUAUAUAUAUUCAGUACCAGUCAAAAAAAAAAUUACUAUUUUUUUUUACAUUGUAGAAUAGUGAAGACAUCGCAAUUAUGAAAUAACACAUGGAAUCAUGUAGUAACCAAAAGUGUUUAAAAAGUCAAAAUAUUUUAUAUUUGAGAUUCUUCAAAGUAGCCACCCUUUGUGGUCAAAUAGCCCUUACACAACGUGGUGUUUUUUGGGAUCAUUGUCCUGUUAAAAAAAUAAAAGAAAUGAUAGUCCCACUAAGCGUAAACCAGAUGGCAUGGUGUAUCGCUGCAGAAUGCUGUGGUAGCAUUCUGAAUUCUAAAUAUAUCACUGACAGUGUCACCAGCAAAGCACCAUCACACCACCUCAAUGCUUCAUGGUGGGAACCACACAUGAAGAGAUCAUCCAUUUACCUACUUUGCGUCUCACAAAGACACGGUGGUUGGGACCAAAAAUCUCAAAUUUGGACUCAUCAGACCAAAGGACACAUUUCCACUGGUCUAAUGUCCAUUGCUCGUGUUUCUUGGCCCAAGCAAGUCUCAUUAUUAUUGGUGUCCUUCAGUAGUGGUUUCUUUGUAGCAAUUUGACCAUGAAAGCCUGAUUCACGCGGUCUCCUCUGAACUGUUGAUGUUGAGAGGUGUCUGUUAAUAGAACUCUGUGAAGCAUUUAUUUGAGCUGCAAUCUGAGGUGCCGUUGACUCUAAUGAACUUAUCCUCUGCAGCAGAGGUAACUGUCUUCCUUUCCUGUGGUAGUCCUCAUGAAAGCUAAAACGUUCAAAGUUCUUAACAUUUUCCAGAUAGACUGACCAUGGCUUAAAGUAAUGAUGGAUUGUUUAUCUUUGCUUAUUUGAGCUGUUCUUGCCAUAAUAUGGACGUAGCCCUAUUUGGUAAAAGACCAUCUUCUGUAUACCACCCCUAUCUUGUCACAACACAACUAAUUGGCUCCAAUGCAUUAAGAAGUAAAGAAAUUCCACAAAAUAACUUUUAACAAAGCACACCUGUUAAUUGAAAUGCAUUCCAGGUGACUACCUCAUGAAGCUGGUUGAGAGAAUGCCACGUGUGCAAAGCUGUCAUCAAGGCAGAAUUUGAAGAAUCUCAAAUAUAAUGAAUAUUUUGAUUUGUAUAACACUUUUUUUGGUUACUACAUGAUUCCAUGUUUUUUUUUCAUAGUUUUGAUGUCUUCACUAUUACUCUACAAUGUAGAAAACAGUCAAAAUAAAGAAAACCCUUGAAUGAGAAGGUGUCUAAACUUUUGACUGGUACUGUAUAUAUAUUGUAUUUGUCGAAAUGAUAUUAAACCCUUUGAAGAGGAGCUAAUUGAUUUAAUUGUGAUUACCAUGUAACAGAACUUUAUGGGGCGCUUGCACCAUUUCAUUGUAAACUGAUUUUCUGUGUUAUCAAACCUCAAUGAGCUGUAUGUUAUUGAUGCUUAAAUAUGCUCCUAAAGCAGGAUUCUAUGGGAAAUGCUGCUGUGAAGUUGAGACUAGGUAAUGUCAAAAUAGUGGCUAGAAAGACUUCUACAACUAUGAUCACCACUAAUUCUUAGAGAGGUGUAGUAUGUCAUGAGCUUGUCAUCUAAUCCUUGAUAACACAAUGUGUGUGGUUUGUUGAAGGGUUGCUGUAAAUGUCUGUUCCUGGUCUAGAUGUAAUCAUAUUUAUUUUAUAGAGUAAUGUAACUAUUUGAUUACUUUUCUUUGCAUCAUUAAAAAGUCCAUAGGGGUAUCCAUACA